AUGUCGCCGCGUAAGAAUUACGGCCCACCGAUUCGCCAAUCCCAACGCGUGACAAACGCAAACUCAGCAAAGCCAGAUAAUUUGGCUUCAGGCACUGCUACUCCCAACACCGAAGGUUCGGAUCAAAACGGAGAGAUUACAUUUGCCCCAGUGAGCCCAGAGCCAGUAGAGCCCGCUCCUACCAGCGCCAACACAGAGCCUGAAGAGCCCGUUGAGCCCCAAUCCGACACAGAGCAAGAUCAGCCAGUCGACAGCAUCGAAGUUGACGGAUCGUACGAGUACGAGUCAGUUUCUGAGCACCCAGGAGAGGCGCGAAGCCCUCCCCACCAACCUUCUGCCAAAACGUCAGACGGCAGGAACGAAAUUCCGAAAUCUCCAAGCAGAGCGCCCUCGCCUGCCGCCCAAAUGAGAAGCGAAAUGGCAGACGAAAGCGAAAGCACAACCGGCCAGGCUACCAUCACUCAAUCACAGCUGCAAGAUCUUUUGGCCACCAUUGCCCAACUUAAAGACCAGCUUGCCACCCGGAGUAACAAUGCCACCCGUCAAACCCGCGGUAUUACGCCUUUGAACAGCGCCUUUGGAGGGGCUGAGUUUAAGCCCCAUGGUAUCGCUGCCCGGACAGCAUUUGAGCCUUACGGAAGUAACCAAAAUGCUAAAAACCCUGCCUACGACAGGACGGCACGUAAAGCCGGCAUCGACCCCGGCAUGUUUGAUGGUGAUAAGGAUCGUUUUGAUAAAUGGAUCACCAAAAUCGCAGAUAAAUUUGUAGAGGACGACGAAACUUAUAAAACAGAAAGAAGCCGCAUGGCGGUGAUCAAUUCCCUCACUGAAGGGCUUGCCAACGACCUUAUCCAAGGCCGCUAUGAAUCCACCAUUAUGCCUUUCAGCAGCGCGGCCGAAAUGGUCGCGACCCUAGCCGCUGUUUACCACGAUGACAAUCAAGCCUCCAAAGCCCGUGAGGAGCUUCGUCACCUGAAGUUUAGUCUGUCGGACAAGUCAACAGACAUCCACCAGUUUAUUGGCAAGGUUAACAGCCUAGCCGAUAAAGCCAACAUUGCCAAAACGGAACGCAAGUUGGUUCUCUAUGAGCACAUUCCUGCCAACCUGAACCCCCAGCUUCUCAGCCUAUCCAAAGACCCAAAUAUCUCCACAACCGGCCAGGCUACCAUCACUCAAUCACAGCUGCAAGAUCUUUUGGCCACCAUUGCCCAACUUAAAGACCAGCUUGCCACCCGGAGUAACAAUGCCACCCGUCAAACCCGCGGUAUUACGCCUUUGAACAGCGCCUUUGGAGGGGCUGAGUUUAAGCCCCAUGGUAUCGCUGCCCGGACAGCAUUUGAGCCUUACGGAAGUAACCAAAAUGCUAAAAACCCUGCCUACGACAGGACGGCACGUAAAGCCGGCAUCGACCCCGGCAUGUUUGAUGGUGAUAAGGAUCGUUUUGAUAAAUGGAUCACCAAAAUCGCAGAUAAAUUUGUAGAGGACGACGAAACUUAUAAAACAGAAAGAAGCCGCAUGGCGGUGAUCAAUUCCCUCACUGAAGGGCUUGCCAACGACCUUAUCCAAGGCCGCUAUGAAUCCACCAUUAUGCCUUUCAGCAGCGCGGCCGAAAUGGUCGCGACCCUAGCCGCUGUUUACCACGAUGACAAUCAAGCCUCCAAAGCCCGUGAGGAGCUUCGUCACCUGAAGUUUAGUCUGUCGGACAAGUCAACAGACAUCCACCAGUUUAUUGGCAAGGUUAACAGCCUAGCCGAUAAAGCCAACAUUGCCAAAACGGAACGCAAGUUGGUUCUCUAUGAGCACAUUCCUGCCAACCUGAACCCCCAGCUUCUCAGCCUAUCCAAAGACCCAAAUAUCUCGUACGAGACCUUUGCCGGAGAAGUUGCGAACUCGGCGCUGGCCCAACAACGCGCUUGGGAGGAGCUCCGCGAGAACCGCAAAAAGAGGGAAGAGCGCCGUGAGCGUUCAGCCAGCGCCGAACGCAAACAGCGUCGACACGAGAAUCGCCGGCACAGCCAGGAAGCCAAGAACCAAACCCGCACACAGACCAUUGACGCCCCGAAGUCGCCCAGCAGAGAAAACGCCAAAUUGGUCACUGAGGGUAGAUGCUUCCUUUGCAAAGAAGCCGGGCACCUGGCACGCAAUUGCCCCGAAAAGGCCGCUCACAUCGCCGCCGUUCUCGCCCUUCAACACGAAGGCGAUCGAGAAGCUGGUGAACGAUCCGGCCACAGCUCAUCUUCGUCGGAUUCGGAAAACUGCUAA